CAGUAGUCCAGCAGGUGGCGGUAAUGCACCUUUAAGCUGGUUUACCAACCAACAAUAAACACCACAGAAGAAGAAGGAGGAGGAGCUGCUGCGCAUGCGCAGUGCGUGCUGUGGCUGAGUGGUGAAGAUGUCUGUGCCCAUCGAUCUGGAGCUGAAGAAGGCCUUCUCGGAGCUGCAGGUGAAGAUGAUCGACACGCAGCAGAAGGCGAAGCUCGCCGACCUGCAGAUCGAUCAGCUGACUCGGGUUCAGAAACACGCUAAGCUGACGCACUCGGAGAUCGCCACGCUGUCGGACAACACGCGACUCUACGAGGGAGUCGGACGCAUGUUCAUUCUGCAGUCGAAGGAGGAAAUCAACAAUCAGCUGACGGACAAACAGAAAACAGCUGACGAGAAGAUCAAAGAGCUCGAGCAAAAGAAGGUGUACCUUGAACGCAGCGUGAAAGAAGCUGAAGACAACAUCAGAGAGAUGCUGCUGUCCAGAAGAGCUCACUGAUGACCUCAUCAAUAAUCAAUAACACACCUCAUCAAUAACACACACACGUUUAUGUCAGUAACUGUUUACUAGUUGUUCAUAUUAAAAUGUUGAACCUUCA